AUGGCUCAGACAAUCGUCCUUAUCAGCGGCGCGAACCGCGGUCUAGGGCGCGCCUUCCUCGAGACAUUCCUCUCGCGCCCUAACCACACCGUCAUUGCGGCGAACCGGGACCCAGCGGCCAAGACGUCACAGGAGCUGCUUAGCCUGCCGGCGGCGGAAGGCAGCAAAGUCAUUGUUGUCAAGGUGGAUGCCACGGCCGAAGACGACGCGGCGGCGGCGGUGACCGAGCUGCAAGAGAAGCACGGCAUCGACCACAUCGACACGGUGAUCGCCAACGCGGCGGUCGCCUGGGUGAUCCCGACGGUGUCGCAGCUUAAGAUUGCCGAUCUCAAGGAGCACAUGGAGACCAACGUGCACGGGGUCGUGCGGCUGUACCAGGCCGUGCUGCCGCUGCUCAAGCGCUCGGCCAAGCCGGUCUGGGUCAGCAUGGGCUCCGAGUCGGGCUACCUGACCAACUUCCUCAGCUUCCCCAACGCCGCCUACGGCCCCACCAAGGUGGUGCUGCACUGGCUUACCUGCGCCAUCCACACCGAGGAGCCGACCAUCACGGCCUUUGUAGUCGACCCGGGCCGCGCCCAGACGGACAUGGGUAACCGCGGCGCAAAGGCCGCGGGCGAGCUGUUUGGCAUCCCGGAGUUGACCCAGGCGGAAAUUCCGGUGGACGUCAGCAUCGGCGGAUUGGUGAAGGUGAUCGACGCGGCGACGCGGGAGACGCAUAGCGGUAAGCUCUGGAACUACAAGGGGGAGCAGGUUCCGUGGUGA